AUGGUGGGAAGGUGUCCUAAAGCUUGUGGCAGUUCUAAUGAAGAUCUGCUUAGAUAUGCAGCAGACUCUAAAAAUUUUCUUUUAAGACCGCAUGCCACCUUCAUAUAUUUUAUUUCGGCUAAUCUGCAGGUCUGGCGUCUAUCCGAUCACGAAUUGAUAUCCAGCUUUCGGGCCGAUUUGCAACAGACUCGGCCCACAGCGGCUGUCGCUGCUGCUGCCCUUUUCCGAGGCCACCAGUCAGCCGUGGUUGUGGCCGCGAGUAACCCAGGAAUUUCUGAGCUCGCUCUCCUCCCGACCAUUCCCGGAGCCGGUCUCCGUCUUGAAAGGCUAACGCCAUCGGCUACGGCAAAGACGUCGCAGAUCCCACUUACUGGCGAGUCGGCCGAUGAACGCCUUCGUACCGGCGCCACAGCUCUUGCUUGCCGGCUAAUCAGCUCAGCCGCUGAUGGGGGCCUGCGUCUUCGCUGCCUAGUUCCUCGGCCAAAACCCUUUAUGCUAUCCUCGUAG